UGGCGUUCGGCAUUUGAUUUGUGGUUUGUCUAAAUAACAAUACCAAAAUGAUGAAAAAACUUAAACCUGGCGAAAGUGAAGAGGAUGUGCUGCGUAUGGCAGCCGAAUUUAAUGCAGAGCGUCAGAAAAAUCGCAAUUUUCAGCCAGCUGCCACAGUUGUACGCAUGGACAAACCUCCAGCAAAAUCAUUGUUUGCACAGAAGCGAGAGCAGAAUAGACUUAAAGGUUCCUUGAUUGUUGAUAAAGAAACUGCAAAGAAGGCAAUACCCAAUGCUGAUAAUGUUGAAAAUGGGGCUAAUUUGAGAAACAACCAAGUUUUGCUCGAUGAAAUCCACGAAAAUAUGUUGGGCGAUGUGCGGGGAAGCAAAAUAAAUCAGAAUCUGAUAAACAAUGUGGUAGGUGAAAUCGUGGAAAGGACAGAUGGAAGAGUGCAAGGACACAUCUCAAGGAAUCAGCAGCGAAAUGAACACAAAACCAACAAGUCAAGUAUAUUUGCGCAAAAAUUCAAAGCAUCUAAUGUGAGCUGCAAUCAAAUGGAUACGGAUGAUAAUAAGAUUGCUAUGGAGCAAUCCGGAACCAGCGUUGUGAUUCAAGACGAAAAUCUAUCGAAGGAAAUCCAUGCUGAAAAUGCGUCUAUACUGAAACAAAUGAGGAAAGAAGACAUCCUGGCGGAGCGUCAGAAUCUGCUAAGCUCCUUGGAUCCCGCUCUGAUUGAGCUGCUCACCAAAAAGCGUGAAAGCAAAAAGGUUACGCCCAAGCCAAAGGAUAAUGCAACUAAUCCCAGCGAGCCUCAACUUUUACCCCCAACAACAACUUUGUCCGACUCGAAUCCCGCCCACGAGCUGCUGCAGCAGAGCGAUGAGGGCAACUGGCUGAAUUUCAAUUUGGUUGAGGAUCAUAAAUUGGCCUGGAUGAGGGAUAUACCCGCCCAGAUGUCACAGCUGAAGCCAGGACAUCAGUUCAAUGCACGCUUCGAUUGGAAGGGUGUGCUCUUGCCACAUACGCUGCAGGAGCUGCCACAAAGCGUGGAUGAGCGGGAAUUGUAUUUGCAUGGCGAGGAGCCCGAUCGUCCAGGAUAUACGCUACAGGAGCUGUUUCGCCUAGCGCGUUCGACGGUGUUGCAGCAGCGCAUCUCAGCAUUUGGAGCGAUUGCUGGCAUUUUCAGUAUAUACAAUCAGGGCUUCUACGAUCAGGUGCUCACGUUGCCCAUUUCCAAGAUAUUCUUUCUGCUGCGUUUUGGGCUGGACGACAACGCGCCGGCACAGCUUGAAGUUGUAAGCAGAGCAUUGGCUCGGCUCUGCUACAACGAGACGGACGAAGUACUCCUCGACCAUGUCCAUGAGAAUGCCUAUUGCCAAUGGCAGCCAACGCUGCAGGUGCUCACAGAUGGCGAUGAUUCCAACGAUGCCACAUCGGUUGCCUUUCUGCAGCGUUACAUGAAGUUGUUGCGCACGAAUCCGAAAGCUGUCAGCGCUGAUUUUGAUGAGGAUCAGGAAAAUAGCGAUAGCAAGAUGUCCAUGGAUGACUUUCAGCUGGCCGAAACCGAUCUGAUUAAUUGCCUGCUCCGAUCGAAUAUCUUGCAACGUAUCAAUUUUAUAUUGAGCUCUGUGCGUCCUGAGAACAGCACAGUCGAGUCCUGUUUGAAGCUGCUUAUACGCAUAGCACGCACAAAUGUGAAUGUUGCUAAACAAUUGUCUCAGGAAAGAGAACUUAUGAAUGUGAUUUUGACUAACUUUAUGUGCAAAAUACCGCAGGAUACAGCUGGCAACAGCUCGACACAGACUUCAUUCUACGGUCAUCCUCAGCAUCUGUGCCUUAAGUUGAUGCGUGUGUUGAUCUGUCAGCAUUUGGAAAUAGCUCAACAGCUGGCAAAUGAAGCAUUCAUUGAACGGUUGAAAUACUUUUUAUUCUAUCGUGAUGAUAUGAAGGGCAAAAUAAUACGGGUACAGAUUGAAGCGUUGCGCAUUCUCCGCUGCCUGCUGCUGCUAGGAAUCGCGGAUCGGGAAUUGUUCAAACAAUUCCUGCCUGCAAUGCGACAACUGCUUGAUUGGCACUAUACUCAUUGCGUUUUCGAUGUGGGCGGUCCGGCGCUUAUACGCCAGCACGCAGCUGCCGUACUCUCUGCGAUUGUGGCAAGCGGCGAGUGUGGCGUAUGUGAUUUGGAGGCGCAGCAACUAUUGCUCGAACCAUUGCAUAACUGUUGCUGCAGUUGGCUGCACAAGGCGACACGUGCUGCAAGCCUGAAGGAUUACACACAGUUGACACUCUUGAGCACAUCAAUCUACGCCGUGGAUUGGUUCUCACGGCAUGGCUAUCUGGGCACCGCAUCCUUUCAACAGUGCCUGAUCAAGAUUUUGCCUGAAUUUGUAUGCUCCGCUGGGUUCAUUGCAUGCGUUGAGCAGUUGAAACGGAGCUCUAUAAUUUUGCGCCACUUUACGGACCGGCGCAAUGUGCAUGCACCGCUCCCAAAUGUGGGAGCUGUCUUGAUGAACGACUAUGGGCCGCAGCUAAUCGUUAGCGAUACGUAUCCCGUGCAUUUAUUGAGUAAUCUCUGGGCACUGCUCGAACCACCAAUGGAGAAUGAUCUGAAGCCACUGUUUAAGGCUCUGCUGCAGCCGGCGGUGCUGGAACCCUUAGCUGAAUACCUCAGGCAGUUGAGCACUCGUCUAAAUCGAGUGUUGGCCAGUAAUUUCUUUGCACGCAGCGAACUGAAGUUUGUUCAUCAGCUGCUGACCACCGAUGGCUUGGAAACCUAUUUGACACGCACCCAGCUGCUGCAACUCGUCUAUAAUUAUCUGUGCUGUCUGACCACCGCACAGGCCAAGCAAAUGAAAAGCAUAUUCGAUCGGCAUAUAUUUAGUGGCAAGUAUGUUGAUCUGGAUGCAAAAUCUUUGGAGUUGCUGCAACAAACCUGCAUGGAAAUUGUCUACUCCCAUUUUAUAGCCGACAACAAGGAUCCCACCUUGACACUUUGUUACACUCAGGCGCCAGUUCUUAUGGCAGAUUGGCCUUACUUUGAGCUACGCGUUAUACUCAACAGCUAUUUGCAAAAUGUGCAGCAAACGCCUGCGGUAAUAUAUUCAGAGAAUCAAGUGGUGCGCAUGACAUUCACCUUUGUGCAGCAGCUGGAGCAGCAGGGACUACAAAUUGUUAGCCCAAUUGAAAAGUUAAUGUAUCUGAUGAUUGCUUUUAUGGGUCCCGAUAGUCAGUUUCUGGAGCCAGAGCUACAUAAACUGCUCCAUGCUCAACUGCUCGAUUUCUACACGCAGAAUUUAACGUACAAUUUCGACUUUGAGGCCACGUUCGAGGAUAAGGCCAACUUUGAGCCGCUCUACUAUCUGUUUGUGAAUCACUUCGAGGCAGCCAGCUAUGGAGAUGAGCUGUUCAGCUCACUUGUGCUGCUCCCACUGGCUCAGAAAUAUGAUAAUAAGUGGCGUCGUCGCAUCUGGUCUGAGCACGUGCAGGCAGUGCGCUUUUUAAACUGUGACGAGAAAUUGUUGAUUGGUGGCUUGGACGCCUAUCUACAACCGAUUGAGGAUGAGCCGUCGCUGGUUAAACUCUAUGGAGAUGCACUGCAGCGACAGCUGGUGCGUCCUGGCAGCAUUGCCUAUACAAUUGCCAGGCAUCAUUUCAACAACUCGCAAGCAGUACAAAAAACCAAAUUAUUUUAAUGUAACUUUAAGAAACGUCUCCUGGGGCUAACUUUGUUGCCGUGAUAUAGCCAGAAAGGCCAAGGGCAUGCUACAACAGAGAUAACAUGGAUUAUAAACACGCACUUAAUGUUUUAUGCAGUCCAGGGCCUUGGGUUCAUAUUCAAUUACAUGCUUGAGUGGAAUUAAUGCAUUAUUGUUUAAGAGCCGAGUUGUACGUGGAGAUAUAUGUUUGUAUAUAUCUGUAUAUACAUAUACACAUUGAUGUCAGUUUUAAUUGGUUGCGCCUCAACUGUUAACUGUUUGUAGCAGGUUGCCUGCCGCAGACAAUAUCCAGUAUCACCCUCAAUUAAUUAACAUCACUUGACUUAUUGACAAACGCCAACUGGCGUACAUGAACAACGACUACUGAUAAAAAUAUAUAUGUAAUUAUAAUGAACGCAAUUCAAAGGCCACCAGCUAAUUAAAUUAUAUGUCAUACGUUUGUAUUUGGAAUGUGUGCUCACCCACAGACCCACCAACCCAGCGACCCACUUACCCAACGACUCACAGUCAAAUGCGAAGUCAAAAGAUCUGUGGAGUGGCAUGUAGUGUUUGAGUAAUAUGUGCAUUAAAUGAUUUACGUUAA